GUCUCUCUCAGGCCUCUCAUCCAAAGCAACUCUCGGCAAUCGUCCCUUUUUGUUCUUAUUUGGCGUGCAAGGAAGGGAGAGCUACAUCGAUCGAGCGAGCCGUAUGGCUAACUUCGGGAGCUUUCUUUCCCACCUGCACUCCGUCGCAGGGCCUGCCGUCACGCUCUUGUAUCCCUUAUAUGCGUCGAUUUGUGCCAUCGAAAGCCCAUCCAAGAAUGAUGACGAGCAAUGGCUGGCCUACUGGAUCCUGUACUCCUUCCUAACUCUCAUGGAGAUGGUGGCUGAGCCCGUCUUAUACUGGAUACCCGUCUGGUAUCAGAUAAAGGUGAUCUUCGUGGCCUGGUUGGUGCUCCCCCAUUUCCGGGGCGCGUCCUUCAUGUACGAAAGGUUUGUGAGGGAGCAGCUCAUCAAGUAUGGGGUCAAGUUGGGCACCUCCUCACCCCAUAACAACAAGCAGGUGGAGGAAUAGAUCCACCGAGAGAAGCUAAGCUACGUCUGCAUCUCGUCGUCAAAUUUCCUUCUCUCUUCGUAUGUACAGAAAACAAAAAAGGAAUUUAGUGGUUUAUUAUACAUCGUGCUUGCAUAACGCGUGGGAUGCUUUUAUGGACUUUCACCGAGGAGGAAUCAGCUGGUUCACAUUCUUAAUUAAACCAAUCCAAUGUUUCUUUC